GUAUGGGAAGCUUUUGAAAUUGGGUAGGCCAAAUCCGGGUGGAAAUCCAAUAAUAGCCUCAGAGUGUAAGAAGCCUAGGCUACUUUUUCUAUUUAAAAUCAUCAUACAUAAUUUAAAGGACAUCUAGUGGAAAUAUAACUUUGAUAUCUUUAAUAUCGACCAAGUAAUGUCAUGCCAAAGCCUGAAAUAAAAUGUUAAGACUUAAGCCUGGAUUUCACAGGGUCACAUACAUACAUUUGUUAAUUAUUUCAAUCAUAUAAAGUUUAACACUGAAGGUAUUGCAGCAGGUGGAUGUUCCUGGGAUUUCAGCAUCAUUGUGAACAGUGAGGUGAGAGGUGUGACUGCUUUGUGAUGUCACUGUGCAUAAUGUGAAAAAGCAAAGCUCAGUCAGGACGGAGGUCAAAGCUGUAUCCUGUCUACAGCCCGGUGAGAGUUUGCAAUGGACACUGCCAAACCUGAGCAACAGUACUGUGAAAAUUACUCUGAAGUCACCGUCAGUUCAAGCGCAGAUGUUCAUAAUCACUCAAGGAAAGAUUCUGGGACAUCUGAGAACACCAGGGUUGGAGGUGGACGAGCGAGAACAUACCAGUCACCGUCCCGUAGACGACACAGGACGACCUUCAGCAAUGAACAACUGGAACAGCUGGAGUUAUCUUUCAGACAGAACCACUAUCCUGAUAUCUACUACCGAGAGGAGCUGGCAAGAGCCACCAAACUAAAUGAAGCUCGCAUACAGGUUUGGUUCCAGAACCGGCGUGCCAAGCAGCGGAAGCAGGAUCGAAGCACCCAGAAAGCCGUGCCAGCUGGCAUGAUGCAAGGACGCAGGCCUCUUUUUGGCAGCGUUUGCGUGUCUGCCUCUGCCAUGGGACGGCAGUACCAGUGCCAUCAUUCCCUGCCACACAUACCCAGAUUCUCUUCAGUGCUGCCCCCUGGAGGCUAUCCGGCCCAUUCGACCUCCAGCGCUCAUUUCUCUUGUUCGCCAAGCCCUGCUCCUUCACAGGCCAGCAGACAGUCUGAUAACUGGUACAAUCAUCUGUGUAACAUCGGACCCAGUGGUCUGCCUUCUGCGUCAAUGCUCUCUCUGACUUCUGUAUCUGCACUGGAACCUGCUAGCCACUGGAACUAGAGAGAGAGGGUAGAGCUGCAUAGGGUUAUUGAGUAGCUGUACACGUCUGGCUCUUUUGUGAUGAGUCAUUUUUUACUUUUAUGGGUUUUUUUGUAUCUUUUAGAAGCUUUAGAAGAAAAAUUAAAAACUUUUCAAUUCAAAGUUUGAUUUUUGUCUUUAUUUUAGCUGCAAACACACAACAUGUCUCAGUUAUUGCUCUAUUGGCCUGGACAAAGUAAUAUCAUUUAUAAAGAUUUCCCUUCUGAAUCAAUUAGCAUCUGUUCAGCACACUGAACAUGAAUACUUUAUUAAC